AUUUGUCGUACAUCGAUGAAGGAAAAAAACAAGUAGUCAGUGUGAACAGAGGUCAGUGUCAUUGAAGAAUGUUGCUGUCUGGGCUUAUGGAAUGUUGCUCUCUGGGCUUAUGGAUGUGUUUAUUUGAAGCUCCCAAACUGCGCAAAAUUUCAUAACAAAGAGAGCUAAAGAUGACUUACAUAGUUUUUCUCUUAUUUUUCUACCUUACUAUUUCAUGUUCUCCCUCUUCUUCCCGUGCACAAAAUGCAAACCUGAAUUUGCCAUUGAAAGCUGUAAACCUUGGGAACUGGCUCGUCACUGAAGGAUGGAUGAAACCUUCUCGUUUUGGUGGAAUAAUUAACAAAGAUCUUUUGGAUGGAACUCAAGUUCAAUUUCUGUCCACAAAGCUGAACAAGUAUCUCUGCUCCGAAAAUGGUGGUGGAACAGUAAUAGUUGCCAACCGUGACUCAGCUUCUGGUUGGGAAACCUUCAGGUUGUGGAGGGUGAACGAGUCAUAUUUCAACUUCAGAGUGUUCAACAAACAGUUUGUGGGAUUGGGAAGUCAAGGUGUAGAAGCUGUUUCAAAUACAGCCACCGAUUCAGAGACAUUUCAGAUUGUGAGAAAUGAUGGUGAUCUCAAUCGAGUUCGCAUCAGAGCACCAAAUGGGUUGUUCCUGCAGGCACAAUCGGAGAUGCUAGUAACUGCAGAUUAUGCAGGCUCUAGUUGGGACGAUAAUGAUCCAUCUGUGUUCAAAAUGACAAUCUUACCAAACAGCUUACGUGGUGAAUUUCAAAUCACAAAUGGUUAUGGCCCUGAUAAAGCCCCUCAAGUCAUGCAGGAUCACUGGAAUUCUUACAUCACAGAGGAGGAUUUCAAUUUCAUGUCAGCAAAUGGUCUGACUAGUGUGAGGAUACCUGUAGGGUGGUGGAUAGCACAGGAUCCAACUCCACCAAGGCCAUUUGUUGGGGGCUCUUUGCAAGCCUUAGACAGAGCUUUCACAUGGGCAGAGAAAUAUGGAAUGAAGGUGAUUGUUGAUUUGCAUGCACCUAAAGCCUCACAGAACGGUAAUGAUCACAGCGGGACGAGAGAUGGUUAUCCGGAAUGGGGAGAUUCCAACAUAGAUGAGACUGUGGCAGUAAUAGAGUUUCUUGCGGCAAGAUAUGCUGGAAGACCAAAUUUGGCUGCAAUUGAAUUGAUGAAUGAGCCUGAUGCACGGAUUGUCACUUUGGAUGCCCUUACAAAGUACUAUAAAGAUGGAUAUGAUGCCGUGAGGAAGCACACAAACGCUUAUGUGAUCCUAUCAAAUCGUUUGGGACCUGCUAAUUCAAAGGAGCUCAUCUCCUUUGCUAGUGGCUUGGAUCGUGUAGUCAUCGAUGUGCAUUACUACAACCUCUUUUCUGAUAUGUUUAGCAACAUGAAUGUGAAACAAAAUAUUGAUUUUAUCAAUAAUCAACGAUCUUCUGAUCUAAGCACCUUGACCUUAGCUAACGGCCCCUUGGUUUUUGUUGGGGAAUGGACUGGAGAAUUUGCACGAAACGAUGCAUCAAAGGAGGAUUACCAGAGAUUUGCUCAAGCUCAACUAGAUGUAUAUGGUCGUGCAACUUUUGGGUGGGCCUACUGGGCUUACAAAUGUAAGCAAGACCACUGGAGCCUCAGGUGGAUGAUUGACAACAACAUUAUAAAGCUUUGAAAUCACAAUGGAGCCUAAAGUUAGAACAAGUCACUUGAUAAAGCUUUAAAAUUACAAUAAAUGAUGCUGAGAUUUAGGCUUUGCAGCUAAAAGUUCAUGCGAUGUAAACCAGGAAACUCUAUUUUCUGUUCCAUUUGUAGUGAAUUGAGAUCUACUCUUUGAUUAGUACUUAAAUUGUAAUCUAUUUUUGAAGCAAAAUUUAAGUUGGGAAUAUGAAGUAUACUUUAAUACAGAUUCGAAAUAUGCAUU